ACAAGGGGUACGAAGAUUCAGUUUGGUUGUGUUCUGCGAAUGAAGAGAAUUCUUCAAUUUUAUUAUGUGAUAAUUAGACACAUUUCUGGAGGAAUUAUGUGGUUACUUACACAAGCUGAAACUGAUACGGUUUAUUACAUCAAAAAGCCAAAAACUUCAUUAGGACGGAAGAAUUGUGACAUUGAGAUUACAGAUGAUGAGUCCUUGAGCAGAAUUCAUGCUUACUUUAUUCUAACUAACGACGAACUUCAUCUUCAGGAUGCAAAAUCAAAAUAUGGAACAUUUUUGAAUAGCUCAUGGGAGGAUGACAAGAACAGACUUUCACAUGACAGAUCCUUUAAAUUAAAAGAUGGAGAUUCCGUUCACUUGGGAAAGAGACAAAGUGGUUGGAUAAUUCAUCAUAUAAAAUAUAAGACAGGAUUCUCGAUGCUUGAUCAAGGGAAAAAGAAUAAACUUGUCGGCAUUUUGAAGGAGCUGGACGUAUAUAUCGAUGAGAAUAUCAACGAGACUUGUACUCACCUCACGAUGCCUAUACAAACAGAUGUUUCGCAUAAACUUUUACAAGCUCUCACACACUGUAUUCCCGUUGUUUCUCCUAAAUAUUGGGUAACUCUUCGAGAUUGUGUCAAUAAUAACCGUCCGCUCCCAAAAGCUUUAGAUUAUGUUCCAAAAAUUAAAGAAACAACUUUUGUUACACCAGAAACUGUGUCAUUAGCCAUCAAUGAAUCUCGCAAGAAGCUUUUUUUUGGUAAAACUUUCAUCUUCAUUUCGAGAAGUCAAGUGAAGAAUUUCGAGGGAAUUAUUAAAGCAGGCGGAGGAAAAGUUAUGUCGUUAUCUCAAAAUAAAAUGACAGCUACUCAAUGCUGCGCUAAGAAUGCUAUUGUGAUCAGUGCUAAAGAUGAAGACACGCAGUCUGUCAACGGCACUGUAAUCACAAAAAUUAGUGAUGCUCUCAGAGAAAAAAAGCGUCGAAUGAUUAUUGAAGCUGAAAUAGGAUUUGCAUUAAUGCAUGCAAGCACUGAACGUUGGUGCAAUCCUAGUUACCACGUUGCUUCAUUAUUUGAACCUUGCAAGUCAGGAGAAUUGAAAAUAACAAAAUCUAAAGUUUUAGCACUUGGAACAGAAUCUGUAAAUACUUCAGAGCCUCGUCGUGGUCGUCCAAAAAAAGAAAUUCUACCAAAAAUCACCGAAUGUAUCGAAUUAGGCAGCUCCAGUGGCAGUGAUGAUGAAGUUGAAUUUGUGUUUAAUAAAGAAAAUCUUCCAUCAAGCACUCAAGCUUCUGUGAUUGCGGACUUAUCAUCUAUUCCAACAAAAUCCAACCUCACGGCAUUUCCACAUACUUCUGAAAGUUCUAAAAUAGCUUUACCAGAGACUGAAGAAAGUGUUGCACCACAAAUAGCAACAGCUGAUGCUUCAAAAAUUAAUCUCCCAGAAACACAAGAAAGCAACGCUAUUCAAGAUGAGGAAAUUUAUAUUUCCAUCACAAACAAUCAAAAUUCAACAAAAACAGACAAUGUUCCAUCGCCACCAUUACAAAUUGAAAAUAAAUCAUCGAAUCCCGUGAAUUCGUCUCUCUUUAAUUUCGUGAAUUCAAGAGUUGACACAAAUUCAGAGAAAAACAAUAAAAUAAAACGAAAACAUCAGCAAGAGGAAAAUUCAGAAGUCAAAAGCAAACGUCGAAAGAAGCAAAUCAGCAGUGAUGAGUCGGACGAAGAUAAAGUUCAACAACCAACUUCAAGAUUGACUCGAAAGCGAAAGGCAGAGUCACCAAAGAAAGGAAGUUUGUUUAAUUUCAACACGGCAUUUGCUAAGAAACGUAAAUCAAGUGAAGAUGAGGAUUUUGAUAAUCCAAAGAUAACGGCGAGUGAAAUUGUUAGUAACCCGGUGCCAGUUGCUCGACCGCCUUCACCGUUAAAAAAGCCUUUAUGGAAUGGAUCUUACGAUACAACUGACUCAGGAGUUUGGUUGUGUAAGAAAAUGCUUUCAGUUAACUUAGACAACAACAAAGAAAUUGAAAUUAAAAAGGAAAAAGAAUCUUUUCAACCAACUUAUGAUUCAACAAUUAACACUGAUGAUAUCAAACAAGAGCAGACUUUGGAAUAUUGUGACAAGGGUAAUGAGUCGUUUCUAAACACCACUGACUGUUCAAUUCCAAGUGUAAGCAUAACAACCGUCACCACAGGUCGUCCAUCAAACUUAAAAGCAAACUCAAAUCAAAAUAGUAACGAAAGAAAAAAAUCCCGCAUUCAUUUCAAUCGUUUAUGGUCAGUUUGGUAUGGGAUUCUUGUGACACUAUUUCAAGGAUAUUUGAUCAUCUUGGGACUUCAAAAGUAUGUUGGCUGUUCUUUAUUAACAUGGAAAGACGGCUUACCCGUGAUAGAACUUAACAUGCAGCUCAUUUUUUGUGGCUUAACGCUGUUAUUUCUACCGCUUUUCUUAUUGUCGGCACUUUUCAAAGUUGGUAAUUUGGCAAAUGACGGCGUGAAGUUGAGUUCACGUAAAGGCACGUGCUCAUCUGAACCGUUUAUAUUUGAAGACGAUAGCAACAAUAGCACAAUGAAAGCGUUAUGGAUGCACGGUGUGCCAAUUUCAGUUUUUAUUCACAUCAUAACAGCACUUUGUUUGCUUCUCCCACAUCUGCUUUUGGAAGCGAAAUUGAUUCAAAAUCAACAUCUGCCUAAAGAUAACAUCUGGAAGAGUGAAAUUGACUUCAUUUUGAAUCGUAGCGAUCGAUUAGUGAUUCUUUCGUUCAUCAAUACUUCACCUUAUCAGAAUGACACAAUUUCAAUUGAAAAUCGAUAUGAUGACGAUUUAAUUGAAUCAUUGGAUUAUGACUUGAAUCCAUUUGAGACGCAUGAAAGUUUACAAUCAUUUAGUGCGCCAACGGAAGGAUUUCAAUCAACAUUGACUGGUUCAUCAUCGUCAAUCCAAAUAAGCACAUUUGGCGAAGAAGAUGAAGAUUAUGACAUGCUGGAAACGACAACUUUGAGAACGACAACACAAAGAAGAACGACGUUACCAACAACAACAACAUCGACAACUCAAUUUACGACCACAACACCAAGAACAACGUCGACGACAGUUCGGAAAACCUUCCCAGUAAAAACUACUUUACCGACCAUUCGAACUACUUUACCGACUACAUCAUUUGCUUACACAAACUCACCGAUUAUAACAGAAAGAUCACAUCAUAGCAACAAGGGACAGAAGAAUCAUAAUAAACACAGAAAACAUAACAAUAGAAAGCAUCAGAAACAUCAUCAACCUGUCACUGAACUUGAUGAUAUUGACGAAGUUAAUCAAGAAUUUAAACUUGAAGAUUUCGAUUCAUUUGAUGAAGAAUUAUUGAAGCAAAUGGAAGGGAGGAACAAUAAUCGAAGAAAGAAUAAAAAUAGUUCAAGAUCAUCAUCGUCAUCAUCAUCCGAGCAAGGACGAUUAACAACAAUGAUUGAACGACCAAAAACAACACAAAAGAUUUUUGCUGAACAAGCGAGAACGACAAAUGGAAGAACAACAUCAACAACAAUGAAAUCAAGAGACAGUGACAUUCAUAUUGUAAAGAACACAAUAAGCCCCGAGUUUAUCACUCCAUUUACAACAGCAACAACAAACUCGAAAAUAAUUGAAAUCAAGUCAAAGACGAGUGAAGUUAAGAAGAAAGACAUAAAACGACGACGAUCUGUUGACGAUAAUCGUGAUGAGUCUUCGUAUGAAGACACCGACGAAGUGAUGCUGCUUGAUAGUGCACUGCCAAGUAUCAACGAAGAUGUUUAUAUUAUUAAAGAAGAACAAAACGGUAAUGUGAUAAGUUCAGCAGCUUUAAUUGGAGCUGUUCCGAAUUUCACACAAUCGAUUGAGCUUAAAGGAAUUGGAAAAUUUCUGCAAUCAAUGUUUGAUGUUGACGAGAAGUUUGAACCCAAGAAAUGGUUUCAAAAAUCACCCAGCUUAGAGUUUUUGAAUCUUGCAUUGGCACUCUUUGUCUGGUCUGUGAGAUAUCCUUCAGUAUUCUGGGAAUCAUCAAAAGCUUUUUCAUUUAUUUUCUCGCUUCAAAUGGUCGCGAACAGCAUUGACAUUCUUAUGCUGCAUGUUGGCACAAGCAUUCUCUUCAAACUACAAAUUGUUGGUCAGUUUAUGACAAUUCAGAAUCAACAAUCCCCAUUAUUAUUAAAUGGAAUUGUGACAUUGGCUUUAACACUUCUUGCUUAUGUUCUCAUCAUUUCAUCAUCGAUGAUUCUUUAUCUCUACGGACAUUCACGAUUAACAGCAAAGAUUCGUGAUUGUCAAAUGAUCACGCUUAAAGAUGGCGAUAUUUGGUCGUAUUUCUCUCAUUGUGCUUCACUUUGCUUCAUUUUGGCGUUGUCAGUCGUGAAAGCUCCAAUAAUUCACGACUUAACAAUCACAUAUCGAAUCAGUUUGGAUGGAACAAUUUUUGCUUCAACUAUGACUUCAAUCGUACAUAUCUUCUUAUGGAUUGUUGUUUGGCUUGGACUUACAGCAAAACGUCGUUGGGCUUUUAAGUUGCCUUUCAUCGAGUCAAUUUAUCAGACACGUGUUGAAGCUAUACAACCGUUAAUGACACAAAACGGACGACAAAUUAACUUCAUGGGACCUAAAAAAAGUGAAGAAGAGACGAUUUAUUGGCCAAGCUCGCCAAAACUUAAAGUAACAUUUAAUGAUGAAGUUCCCAGUACGUUAUCCGACCACAAUCUUAUUGAUCAUGACGGCAAGCGGCCAAUCUUAUCAACGUUAUGCGCCAAUGCGGGGGAGUGUGAUGAAGGCGAAUACGCUACUUUAAAAACAACCACACAAUUACAAAUAAGUGAAUAUGAUGAGGUUGUGAAUAUUCAACGGAUGCAAAAAGACAAUGGAUAUGACGAUACAUCAGAGGAAGGCAAAUUGUUGGCAUGCGUGCAAGACGAAUCAGUGACUUACGCUUCGGCAAGAGAUUUAGAGCCACCACAAACCACAACAUCGUCAAUUUAUUCGCAUGAACGCUUCAUUGUGACUUCGGAACAUCACAUGAUAAGCCCCAUGGCACCAGUCACUGUUCAAGUUCAUUCUGAACACCACACUUCAACGCCACGCUUCAUCCGACGUGCUGACUCGGGAAUGCCAACCAAUGAAGCACUGACACCAAAGUCCGAUACAAAUUCAACAGAGAGUUCUACGUCACCACCCGAAAGAGCUUUAUCGGAGUCGUCAAGUGGCGUUCAUUCAGGUGAAGAGAAUAAAGAAGAAGUUGUCAUUCGACCGCGACCUGCUACAGGCAUUCAAAAGACGGUGAAAACGCCGGCAGUUAUUCAAGAAGAACCUUAUGGUCGAAUUACAAAUAUGAAGUUUUCAACAUUUAAAGAUGCGCCAGGUUCAGCUAGUAACACUUUGCCAUUGAGUCGUGGACCGACAAUGGAGCCGCCGUCAAUCGACUAUUCACAAUGUAAUACGAUGCCGUUAAUGCCAGGCGCACACCAAAUGAAUCGCAUGUCGGUUAAUGAAUCAUCACCAAAACAACGUACAACGUUACCAAGCAACAUUCGUUAUUCGGCAGGAGGUGCUGGUCAUUUUCUUCGUCAAAUGCCACAGUUGAAGAACGCCGAGUCACCUUACGCGACGGGCUUGCAAAGUGGACAUCACACAUUCUCAUCAAAGUUCAUUCAGAAUGAACCGCUUCCACCACCACCACCCCAUUCCACAAUGAAUUCAUCAUCCAUUCAUCAAAUGCAUCCAUUCAACACAUCAACAACUUCAUCACCCUUCACAGGAAUGAAUCAACAUUCAUAUCAAAUGGUUGUCAAUGAAUUGUGUGCGAAUAAUCAAUCUGUUGCUCAAUUCCCCCCACCACCUCCACCAAUCACUCACAAUUCACUACAAAUGCAUUAAACUUAAUUAAAUUUACAUUUUAAUUUACUCGAAUGCAUAUCUCGCACAAAAUUCAUAACACAAAAAAAUGGUGAAAAACUUUAUUGGAAAAGAUAAAAAUGGCUGAGAUUCAUUGAGUCAACAUCGUCGAGUUCAAUCUUUUUUUAUUUGCAAUCUCGAUGAUAUUGAAUCUUUGAUAUUUAGUUGAAAAGAUAAUAAAUAUUUUCUUAUGUUAAAUAACCAAAUAUUAUUGAUAGAAGAUACACAUCGUAGUGAUAAGAGAAGAAAGGAAAAGUAUUUCAAUGUCGGUGAUGAAAUGGGGUCAGAGAUGUUUCUUUAAAAAAAACAAUAAACUUUUAAUAGAGCUUACAAAACUUUUAGUUCUAAGCUAGUCGAAAUCAGAAUGUAGAGGCUAAAUAAGAGAUCUAGUCGAAAGUGAAACAAACAAAGGGAAGAAAACUUUAUCCAUCCCAAUUUCUUUUUCAUUUCGUAAAGUUUAUCGACAUUGAAAUGCACGCUUAAUUAAAUUUAUAAACCUGACAAUGCCCCCUUGUAAGAAAGUUUAUAUUCUGCUUCAAUCAUAUCACGUAUAAUUAGAUAUAUCUUUAAUCACACAACAACAAUACUACAUUGUAAUCAAAAUAAAAACAAAAACCUUUUUAAUCCCUAUGGAGAAUCUCUGCAAAUGAAAAGCAAGCAAAUAGUUAAGUGAAAAUGGAAAGUUGAAUCCCUUUUCCAACAUAUCGUUUUAAAUAUUUGUAAUUUACAUAAAUGUAAUAUUUUUCUACUGCUGAUAAGAUUAGAUUGUUCAACUCUUUAGAAUCCUUUUUAAUAAUGUAGUUGAUAACGACAAGAUGUAUGUUGUAUGAAUGUGUCUGCAUGUAUGUAAUAACAUUAAUCAAAAAAUGUUUUGAGUACUAAGUAAAUAAGUUAAUGAUUUGAAGAACAAGUUACUUAAGUACUUAAUGAGAAUAAUAAUAAACAUUAUGCAUUGCUGUAAUUUGUAAAGAGAAACCAUAUAUGGGAUCGUGAGCAUGUUAUGUCGUGGUCGUGGUUAGAAAGAGUUAAAGGUUGAAGAAAUUGAAAAUUAUGAAGCAGCAAAACAAUGCAAUUGAUAAUUUAAUGAGAUUUUCAUUUGCGGUUGCUGGUUUUAUGGUUUUUUCUUUCUUCCAUUCUUAACUUGAUUCUGGGAAGAAAAAGUAAAAGUGUUUGAGAGUCUCAAUACAUUCAGUAUUCACCUUUAUUGUGGUGACAUAUUCGCUUGAUUAAAAUAAUCUGAAAAAGUGACUCAACAAUUUAUACUACAUUCAAUAUGUAUGAGAAUACAAUUAACAAUGGACAAUAUUGACAUAUACACCCUCUUUAAUCGUACAUACAUAUUAUGAACUCUUAUCAAUGCGACAUUACUCUUUAAUCACUUUCUGUAUCAUUAAAUCAAACUUAGUAAUGUUGAAUACUUAAAAUAAUGAAAUGAAUGGACCGAAAACACAAAAAUGAUGAAGGAAAAUUGGUUUUCACAGACUGCAUUUGAAAGCAUGAAUAGCACUUAAGUUUACCUUUUGACAUUUUUCAUAUGGUGGCAAAAUUUAUCAUUGGCAAAGAUUAAAUGAUUCAAUUGAAGACUGAUUAGAUGGAAAAAUCUUUCAUUUUGGUUUUUAUUUUUCGAUUGUCACUCGACUUUCUCAUAUCACUUUGUGUUCAUAACUUAUCAUCAUCGUUUAUAAUGUGUCCAUUAUGCAUAAAUUAUCAAGCUUAUCUCACUGUUUUUCAAUUAGUGCUGUAAUGUUUCUGUUGAUAAAAUAUAAAUAUUCAUACUUAACACAUUAUCUAAUUUUUAUACACUUAAUUAUUGUCAUAUCAAAUCAAAUUUCUCUUACCAAAGCAAAUGAAAUUUAAAACUAUUUUCACC